AGUAACCAUCAGAAAAGACAUCGAAUGUCCAUCCUUCACGUCACCUCGAGUAUAGUGUCAGGUACAGGUGCUCUGCCCCUGGCGAUGAAAGGGGGCCCGAUGCCGAUCGCUUUGUCAUCCCUCCUGUGGCAAGAUCCAGCAUUGCCACCGAAGAGAAAAAUCUUUCCAGGGUUAUUCUCGAAUAAACUUUAUCAGGAACCAGAUCGUGGUUCAUCGGAGAGACCGACGAUCAAGCGGAAGAAAAAAAAAAAAAGCAUUCGCCAUGCCCUAGAGAGCAAGACAUUUUGAAGGGAGAAAUGCAGAGAGCAAAAAAAGAGAAUAGGACAAAAAGAUGACUGGUCAGGGACUCGAACCCAGGACCUUAUCCGUGUGAAGGAUACGUGAUAACCAACUACACCAACCGGCCAUUUCUUGGAGGAAUGCUACUACAGCAUGAACCUUGACAGCUGUCCUGAUUAGUCCCGGUGCACCACAUCAAAAUAGGCUCAAGCAAGCUGGAUAAGAGUGUCGAUCAUCCAGUCAAUCAGGCACAAAUAUGAACCGGCCACAGUGGGAAUCCCUACCGAAAACGUUUUGAGUACAACUCAAUUUUUGCCACCGCAACCACAACAAUCACACCACAAAUCAGGUCAGGUCGAG